AUGAUUAGUGUUCCUCCGAACGUGGAGUUCUUUAUCGACGAUAUCGAAGAGCCGUGGAACUUCUCAGAGCCGUUCGACUAUGUUCACAGUCGAAUGAUGACGUUUAGCAUCAAGAGCUGGCCGAACCUUGCGAGCAGCAUUUAUGACAAUCUGGUUCCGGGUGGUUAUGUGGAGCUUCUCGAAAUCGAUCUCUUCGCCCACUCAGACGACAAGACCCUUACAGAAGAUCAUCAUCUCUCCAAACUCAUCCACCUUCUUGACGAAGCAUCUACCAAGAUUGGUCGCCCAUUCCAGGAUAAUAAAAAGAAUAAGGAUAUUCUGGGCGAUGCAGGAUUUGUGGAUAUUGUCGAGACUGUUUUUAAGUGGCCGACGAACCGCUGGCCUCUGGAUAAAAGGUACAAGGAGAUUGGGGAGUGGAACAAUCUCAACAUGGAUAGUUUCAAGGGUCUUGAGGCAUUGUCCAUGGCAGCUUUGACAAGAGUUCUGGGGUGGACCCAGGAAGAGGUUACGGUCUUUUUGGCAAAGGUCAGAAGGGACCUGAAUGACAGGACCAUUCAUGCUUAUUGGCCGGUGUAA